AUAAUAAAUGCUAGAAAAUGGGUCUAAAUUAAGGUUAUCCUAACCCGAACUCAAUAAAAAUAAAGUAUAAUUAAGCAAAAAUUAAAAGAACGUAAAGCUUUAAGGAUGGUUAAAAAAGAAAAGUCCAGCAAUAUUAAAGGGAUGGCAGAAAAGGUAUAAAAAAUACAAAAUUUAGAUUUUUUAUGUUGAUAGAAAACGAAGGAUGUAAAUUGGUUUAUUUUGAAGAUGAUGUAAUAGAUAAUUUUUAAAUAAUAUAUUAUUAGAAAACAAAUUCAAAGCCAAAAGGUGCUUUUGAAAUUUAAGAUAAUAUUCUUAUAGAAUAACAAGGAGAAGAUGAAUUUACAAUAAAAUUUAUCGGUAGAGAUUUAGAAUUGAAAGCAAAAAAUGACGAAGAAAGGAAGACAUGGAUAGAAACUUUAGAGUUUUGCAAAUGUUUAUCUAAGAACUUAAAAAGAAAGUAGCUAAGUGUAGAUGAGGAUGUUUCAAAAUCAAAAGGUGAGUUUUCAUGGUUAUUAUAAUAGGUUCAACUCAUAAAAAGGUUGAUUUGUAAACUACUUAAAUAGUUUAAAUAGAGAAAGAGAAAAUGGUGAACGAAAAUUUUCAAGGAAACAAAGAUACAUAAAAAAAGUCAAUUUUCUAAGCAUAAUAGUUUGAUGAUAAUUAGAUUUUAGAAACUUUAGGAUUUUAAUAGUUAAAUUAGAAUUAAAUGUUGAAGUCUAGAUUAGUAUUUGGAUGUUUGGGGAAGAGAAGUAAAUAAAAAAUGAAAAUAUACAAAUAAAGAUGGUUUAUUUUAGUUUCUGCUAAACCACUUGUAAAAUAUUAAUGUAAAUAUAAAAGUUUCCAGAAAUUAAUGAUGAUGAAUAGGUUUUGUAAUAAUCAGAUAUAAAUUUGGAAUUGGAUACAUUAAUCUAUAUAAAUUAAAAUGGUAAUGAAAAGUAGAUGAAAAGAAAAGUAUAUUUGAAACUUUAGAAUUGUAAAGAAAUAAUUAUAAAAAAUAUGCAAAAGUCUUCAGAUAAUGGAUUUAUAUUUAAAUUAAAUAUGGGAGACAAAAUAUAUAGCUUAAUGACAAAUAGUGAAAAGGAUAGAAUGAAAUGGUAGAAAGGAUUAAAUGAAUCAAUGAAAACUUGCAGAGAAAUAAAUAAUAAUUUAAAAAUUAAAAUCUAGAAAAAUAUUAAUCCAAUAAUAAGGAUAUAUGAUAUGGAAUAAAGUUUGCCUAUUCGGAGAUAAAAAAUAAAAGAGAAACUUGAACUUGACAUUCAAAGAAUAGAAUUAGAAUAAAAUAUAAAUGAAUAGACUCGAUUUUAAAACUAAUGGGAUUUAUUAUGUUGUUUGAUGUUAAUUGGAUAAGAUAUGAUAAAAUCGAUUGAGUGUUGUAUAGUAAAAGAUCCCUAACGAUAAGAUAUAAUUUAAGAAUACAUAGAUGUAUAUCAUGAGAAAAUAUGUUACAACAUCAGUGAAUUUUGGACUAUAAAUAAUAAAUAUCUAAGUUUAAAUGAAAUAUAGGGAUUCGCUACAUGGCUAUUUGAAUAUUAAUAAAUCAUAUUGAAUUAUAUAAAAGAUGUGCGUAUAAGAUAAGGAAUUACCACAUUAUUAGAAAUAUAUGUAAAUAGAUGGAAAUAAUCAGCGGAGAGAAAGAUAUUAGUAUAAUUAGAAGAAUGUAAAACGAUUUAGAUAAAAAAUAGAAUAAAAACUGUUGGUGCUUUUGAAUUAUUUGAGAUAAUAAAAGAAAUAGAAAUAGUUAUAGAUGAAAAAUUAAACAAAUAUUUUAAGAGUAAGAUAGUGAUGUAAAAUAUAAAGAGUGUGUUAUGGUAGUAUUUAGAAUAGUUAUAUAAUUCAGUAGAGGAAUAAAAUAAUAAUUAAGAUUUUUUAAUAGGAGUUUGUAAUGACAUUGAAACAAUUUAGGAGAUAUGUAUUAGACUAGAAUUAAUAGCUGAAUAAUUAUAAGAAAAUAAAAAUUAGGAAAAGAUAAAAUAAAAAAUAAUUGGAAAAUAUUAGGAAGUAUUAAAAUUAGUUGAAUAAGAGAUUUAUAAUUUAAAAUAAAAUGAUGAUUUUAGAUAAUAAUUUUAAAUGUCUCUUUUGGAUUUGGAUAUAAAUAAAUAAGUUCUUGAAUAAUUUGAAAGGAAUGUAUAAUUAAUGAAAUUAAUUGAACAAAGUUAGAAAUCAAUAGUCGAGAGAAUGAUGUCUUAAUUACAAUAUUAUUAUUUUGAUAGUUUUUUAAAUUAGUUAGAUAAGAUUAAUAAUUAUAAGAGAAAGUAGAUAGAGACAAAGAUAAUGGAAGAUAAAUAAAUUGUAAGGGAAUUUUUAAGAAAAUAUAAUUUAAAUCUAUAGGAUAUUUUUGAUUUAAUAAUCUAAUUAUUAAAUAGUGAAAAGGAAUAAGAAUUAAUUGAAGUUUUUAAAGGUUUGAAAUAAUAUUUUGGAAGAUGUUUUACUAUAAGGACAGUAAAUGUAAUAAUUGAAAAAUUAAGAUUAAGAAAGUCAGAGGUGAAUUUAAAAAGUUUAUCGUAAUUCGAUUAAAUAAUAAAGAAUAUGGAUGAAGAAUAAGAAUAUGGUGAAUCAACUUAAGAUGUAAAGAGUCAAUUAAUAGAAUUUGGAUAGUAGGAUACAUUAAUAUUAUAGAAAUAAGAUUCAAAUUCAAGUCGUACAUCAAAAACGAGUAUAAGUAAGACCAAAGUGAUGAAUAUUGAAGAAUUAAUUACUAAAUCUUAAGUUUCUAUAGAUUAAUCAGAGAAUAUGAGUAUUUUUGAAGGAUAUGUUUAUAAAAAAAAAGCUAGAUAAUAGAAAUUAAUGAGUAAAUGGGAUUAUAGAUAUGUAAGAAUAAGGAAAGGAUAUAUAUAUUGGUAUUUGGAAGAGAAAUCUUAUAAAUGCUAAAAUAAAUUAAAUAUUUAAAAUGUAAUAGAAGUAGUAGGUAAAUAGAAUAAGUAGAAUAAAUUUAUAUUAAGAAUGAAAGAUGGAAAAGAAUAUGAAUUUAAGGUUGAUAAAAUUGAAGAGAGAAAUAUGUGGAUUAAUGGAAUAAUGAAUGAAAAGAGAUAAUAAGAUGAUCUUUAAAAUAGUAGAAUUGAAGCAUAAUAAGUAUCAGUUAAUGUUUUAAAUAUUUUGAUAACAAAUUAUGAUUAAGAAAUAAUAAUAAAUAACAAUAAUAAUCUUAAUAAUAAGAAUUUAAAUAAUAUUUAAAAAAGGAAAACAACUUUAAUUGUUGGAGAUCAAAAUCCUUUAGAAUUAGGACAGACUAGUUUAAAACUAAAGAAAACAAAUAGUUGUUGGAGAGGGAUUUUAGUCUGUUUAGGAUUAAAGAAGUUUUGA